AUGGUGGCAGGCGCGGCCGCAGGAAUCGGCGAGCACGUCGCCAUGUACCCUGUCGACACGGUGAAAACUCGCAUGCAGGCGCUGGCGCACCCGGGGCAGCAGCUACACUCUAGUGUGGUCACGGCGCUCCGCAACGUGCUGCGGCGGGAGGGGAUGGGCGGCUUGUACCGAGGCGUCGCGGCCAUGGCGCUGGGAGCAGGGCCCAGCCAUGCCCUGUACUUUGCUUCCUACGAGGCAGCCAAGCAGCUGUAUGGAGGCAACCGCGAGGGGCACCACCCGCUGGCCACCGCAGCCGCAGGCGCCACCGCUACUAUCGUGAACGACGGCUGCAUGACCCCCUGGGAUGUGGUCAAGCAGCGCAUGCAGGUGUCACACUCGCCAUACCGUGGCGUGCUGCACUGUGCGCAGUCCACCUUUCAGGAGGAGGGGCUGCGCGCUUUCUACAAGUCUUACUGGACCACGCUAGUCAUGAAUGUGCCCUACACCGCGCUGCAUUUCGCGGCAUAUGAGAGCAUAAAGAAGUUUCUGGUGGGCGGUGAGGAGGAGGAGGGGGAGGAGGAAGAGGAGGAGGGACUGCGGGUGCAGUUGGUGGCAGGCGGCGUGGCAGGGGGCCUGGCAGCCGCAGCCACCACGCCGCUGGAUGUUGUGAAGACGCGGCUACAGCUGGAGGGCCUGAAUAGCGCGACACGCUACAAUACAACCAGCGUGUGGCCAGUGCUGAGGCAGAUAGCGCGCGAGGAGGGGGCCAUGGCGUUGUGGCGGGGCUGGCAGCCCCGCGUGCUCUUCCAUGCACCCUCAGCUGCGAUCUGCUGGGGGAUCUACGAGACCAGCAAGAAGCUGCUGGGCGGCAUCUGA